CUGAACUCGAGUAGGGCCCAAGCCAGCCAGGAAGGAGGAGGCAGCCAGAGUGUUCUCUGCAGCAGAAGACCCCCUGCUGCACUGCUUAACCCAGACCAGCAUUUGCCAGCUGCCUCUGUGUGUGUGUGCAUGAUUCUUUUUGUGAACCAUCCAUCAGCAGACUUCUCCAAAUCUCCACCCGCCCACCCUUUUUCCUAGCUGUUUCUCACUGGAUGUGUGCAGUCAGUUUCAUGUUGGAAGGCUAUGGACUAAUAAUCCAUUCAGCUGAUAAGCAGGAAAUGGAAGAUAAUGCUGACUCAGAUUAUGCUGUGAGGUCUGAAGCAUCAGAUGAAAUAGAAUGUGCUGACUCAGAUUAUGUUGUGUUGUCUGAAGGGUCAGAAGAAAGGAAUGGAGAUUCAAUUUUAUCAUUGUCCUCAUGUCAAAGUAGUGUAAAAACUACAGUACUGAAAAGAUGUCUACAGUUUCCUUCCUCAAAAUGCUACUUGGCCCAGAAGGCCCCUGAAGUGCCUCAUAUUUUUAAACGGCAACCACAGAUUCUCAGAGUAACUGCUUAUAAAAAUGGUACAAUAAGUGAAUUUGCUAAAGUUACUGUGCCACCUUCAAUUAAACAGUUGCUUGAGGAGUGCACUGAAAAGCUGAAGCUGAAUAUGGCUGCACGACGAGUCUUCUUGGCAGACGGCACUGAAGCACUAGAUGCUAUAGACAUACCCCAUGAUGCUGACGUUUAUAUUUCAACUGGAGAGCCCUUUUCAAAUCCAUUCAAAAAAAUUAAAGACCAUCUGUUGUUAAUGAAGAAUGCAACUUGGACACUGAAUGGUCUAGUCCUUCCUAGAGGUGUCAAGAGAAGAAAAACCAAGCCUGUGUCUUUCAGAUGCAUGAAGAACCUUGUGGAGAAACCCACAGUCAGACUUUUGGUAUUUAAGAACUGUACAGGACAGGAUGGUUCUGAGAUAACUGCACCUCCAGACCAAAUUGAGAAGUUUUUAGAUAUUUGCACCAUGAGACUGAACCUUCCUUCACCAGCCAAGCAUACGUACAAUAUUCAUGGAGAAAAAAUGGAAGAUCUCAUAAAUGUUCCUCUGCUUGACAAAUGCCUGCAAAAUUCCAUCACACCUUUGCGUGGACCUCUUUGGGUCUCUAAGGGAGAAGGUUUCAGCCCCUCUGGAGCAAAGAUGUAUAUCCAAGGAGUGCUCUUGGCCUUGCACCAGCGAUUAAAGUCUGCAAAAAACUACUGCGAACAGUUGGAUUCUGCUGUAGAUGGCCAAAAAGAGAAAGUCACAGACAAAAGCAUUUUAUCGAUGAAAAUAGAAGAAUUAUGUUUAGAACAAGAUGAUGUGAACAAGUUGAUUGAUGAAUUGCAGGCAGCUAUCAAGAGCUACAAAGGUCAUCUCUCUAAACUUGCCCCUCAGUUACAGGCUGAACAGGAGCAAUGUGCUGCUUAUGUCUACCAACAUAUUAAAGAGCUUCCUGCAAACACAGUUCUCUCACAAGGUCUACAGCUAAAGGUUUAUGAAAAUGGCAAAGAUACAAGAGAGACUCUUGUUUAUAUCAACAGAAGAGAGAUGGAAAGCAAUUGUCAAAAUCAACCUAGUGCUAUGAUGGAAAGAGUACAGCACAUGAUUCACCAAAGGCUCCAACAUUCAGCAGAUUUCAAACCGCCAGGCCUCAGUCAUUUUCCUACCCGGCUUUUUGACGAGAGUGGGCAAGAAAUUAAAAACCCACUUUUAUUGCAGAAUGAGCAAAAAAUUUGGGUUUCUUAUGGUGAAGAUUACAGGUCUCCUUUAAAUCCUGUUCUGAGUUUGACCUUUGAUAGAGUGACUGCAGCUGAAAAAGAUGGCAUCACCAUUAUUUAUAAAACACUUCUGGAUCCCACUGUUGAUUUGCUGCCUGGAUCUGACAAUUGGCAAGUUCCUCCUGAAUUUCCAGACAACUUCCAGUUCACAAGCCAUCUAGAACAUUCUAACUUGGAAACUGUGGAUGCAGACAACCUUUUCAUACAAUAUAAGGCUGAUCCCCAGAUGAUUCUUCUUAUGUCAGUUACCAUGGAAAAUAUGAGGAAGGCUUUUCCCAGAAGAAAUGACCAGCAAGUUUCAAUAACCACAGCACUCUGGCCUCUUUCUAAUGUGUGGCUGAUCACAAAGACUGGAAUGAUUCUAAGUCGAGCUAUGGUACAAGCCAGCCUGGCUGUUGGUCAUCCAAUCAGAGCUGUAAUGCAGGAUGGCAUACCUCUUGAAGGCUACAAGCUAAAUCUACAAAAACGAGACAAAAGCAAUAUAUAUCAAUACUGGGAGUUUGGAAAUGAUGGCUCUAUCCAUUCUAAGGCUUACCCUGAGUUUAUCCUGACCUACCUAGAGGAGCUAAAUGUAAGAGAGGAGGUGACCCAGAUGGAAUACCACACACACCAUGGGGCCCAGUCUGCUGUUCAUGAAGAGGCAGACAGCAACUCGGUAGAAGAGGUCACUGUAUCAAGCCCGAGGCAGGUUCUACAAAAUAAUGUUGGCAACUGCAAUGAGAAACAACUUUCAAGACCUUUGGACGCCCAUUUAAUGCCUGAAGGUCCCUUAGGGGAGAAUAGGCAACUGACAGUGGCACUGGUGAGGAAACUGGAAGAGAAACAUCCUAAGGCCUCAGCUCAAAGAUGGGCUAUUAAACAUGAAGGAACAAGUAAGCCUGGUCAAUGGAAACAGUCUAAAGUGGACAAUCCUUUAUGGAAUAAGUUGACCUAUAUGUGGCCUAUGCUUCCAAAUGGAGAACUUAAUGAGGCUUUUGACUGGCCCAUUGAAGGCUUGCUGGUUCCAAACAGCCCUCCUUUAAAGAAACCUGCUGGGAAGAAGUCAGAGAACUACAUGCCUGUGAGACUGAAGGUUUUAAGAAAUGGAGAGCAGGACAAAAACAAAGCCAUCACUAUUCUUGGAGUUGAUUAUACAACUACAACGAAAAAACAAAAUGUCAAUGCAAAAAAGAAAGCAAAAGCAAAGAGAUUUCCAAAGAUGUGCAUUGAUGCAGACUCAGGAAAAGAAAUACACAGGACAGAAUUUCAGCAUUUUUUGGAACGGUGCACCAACGUGUUAAAUUUGCCUUUUGCUGCUAGAAGACUAUUCACUGGAAAAGGAGAAGAAAUCUUUGUUCUGAAAGACUUGGAAAGAGAUCAGCUGGUUUAUGUUUCAUGUGGGGAACAAUGGAUUCAUCCACACCUGACUAUGGCUCAGCAGAAGAAACGUCUCCAACUUAGUAACUUAGCAUCUGAUAUAACUGCUAUCCGUGCCUUCUGUGUCAUGCGCAAGCCCAAAAAUCUUGCUUUAGAAGUCAAGAAUGACAUUGUCAUUGGAGCCAAACUUUCUGUCGAAAGAGCUACAGUGGAACUUGAAGGGGGGAAAGUUGUUGAAGAACUAGAGGAAAAACAAGCUGAAGAAACUACUGAGAAAAUAAAAGAUGAGGCAGAUAAAUGUCCGAAUUCACAUACAAAAUCUCAUCUUAAAGCAGAUGCACGGUAUGCAACUACUAAAUAUACCUGGCAGCAAAAUCCCUGUGAUUUUGAUGAGGAUGAUAGCUUUAGGAAGGAGAAAGAUCAAGAGUUCUUUGAAAAUGCAGAGUUAUAUCAAAAGUACAGGCAUCAACCUAAAUUGGCCGAAGUAUUGCAGAAAGCCCACUAUCAACAGUUUGAAUUUAGAAAUGGGAAAAUUAUCAACUGUAGCUUUCCGAACCUUGUUUUGGGUGUGGAGAAUUCUGACCUGCAUUCUGGUACUGAAGUGGUUUUGUUGGAAAAGAAGUGUGACGACAUCAAUCAGCACUGGAUAUGGAGAAAGGAUAGAAGGACAUUUCAUCUUGUAAUUGACCCCAAUCUAGUGCUAGCUGUAUCAAUGCCCAACAUAUUGAAUGGGUAUCCAAAGGGUCCACUGGAAAUGCAAGGCUGUGCUGUUGUCCUUCAGAAAUACAAAGAAUAUACAAAUGGAGCUGCCAAUCAAAAGUGGAAUUACAUGGAAACUACAAGGGUUUUUAGUGCCUUCUACAGCACAUUACUGGACCAAGAAAUCACAGCAGCAAAUCAUGCUUCUGUUUGCACAUUCUCUGUGACCAACUCAGAGAAAAUAGACCAACCAGGCUACUAUUUUCUUUCACCUGGUGGGAAGCAGAAGGUAAUGAUAUGCUUGGCUUGUGCAAGGACAAUAAGAGGAAAGAAGGAACUGAAAAAGUUGCUCCCUGGUACCAUGUUCUUUUGUGCGUCUGGCUCUGAAGAAGGAAAUCAUUUAUCCUUAUGGCCCUUUAAGUGUCUUAAUGUUAAGAAGACAGAUCUCUCCACCACUGGAGCUGAAGCCACCUUGCAUUAUUUAGAAGAGGUUUUAGCAUCUUUGAGGACAGAAACCUCAUCACAAACAAUUUCAGAAAAGAUGACCCUGGCUGUAAACCAAAAAGCAGUGAAAAUAAUUGCAUACAGAAAUGGAGCUGGUUUUCGAAAUGGGCAGUUAAUCAUCGCUAGCACAUUCCCUAUGCUGCUUUCUUUAUGUACAAGACGACUUGAACUUAGCAGGACAGCUUGCAGACUGUACACCAGUGAGGGCACCUUAAUCCGUACACUACAGGAUUUAGUUUUGUGUGCUAUAAAUGACUUUUACAGAAAGCAGAAAUCGGGCAGGCGAGAUGAAAAAGCAAAUUUUGUUCCUGUCUCUGACAAAAGUGCAUCUCUGUUGCCAGUGAAAGACAAACAGGCAGAGGAAACAAACGUCAGGUUGGAAUCACCAGUGAUUACUCCAGAUGGUUUGAACUUGAUUGAUGAUCCUUUGCUCACCAUCAUUCUUAGAAAUCCUAUUGAAGUCUGGGUUUCCAGUGGAGAGCCUUUCUUGCCUUUGGAUACUUUGCAAAAGUCAGAGAGGCAGGAAAGACAAAACUGGUUGGAGAAAGAUAAAAUUCUGGCAGACCUAGAUGCAAUGAAACAUAAAAUGAGACAACUGCAGGGGCGACGCAUUACAAAAUAUAAAGCAGCUAGUUUGGUACCCACUAAAAGUCCACUCCAGCCUGUGGUAGUGGAAGGAGGCUGGAUGGAAGAAACUCAAGAAGAAAUGAAGCUCAUGGAAGAUAUACAACACACAGAGAUGCACCUUUCAGAGCUGCAAGCAUUACAGUUCAAAAGAAGUUCUCCAUUUUCUCCUAAACUAUUUGUCAAAAGUCACAGAGAUCUCUACAACCAGCCCUCAACCAAAAGAGUGUGGGCUUAUGAGAAUGGAUAUAGAUCUGAACAAGGAGUUCAUGCCUGGGGAAGAACAAUUGAAGAGCUUCUUGAUAGCUGUACUACUCAGCUAAAAGUGUCGCAGCCUGCAAAGACACUGUACACACCUGACGGUGAGCGGCUGGAGUCAUGGGAUGAAAUAGAAAGAGACAUGAUUGUUUGUGUUUCCACUGGACAGCCUUUUAUGAGCAGAAAAGCCAUUAAGCAUGAAGUGGAAAUUAGAGCUCUUUAUUCCAGAAUGAGGAAGCAGCAAGGUCCAGAAGCUACCAACAUUAUUGUCACACCAUCAGAGAAAGUCAUAGGACAGGUCAACAGGAGUGACUCCGUUCUGGCUCUUACUUGCAGAAGUGAUCAACAUUCCUAGAGACUAGUGCAGCCAGUUUGAAUGGUGAGAAUAUGUAGGAUGAUGUUUUGCAGUUCUCCUCCUCCAGAGUUGCAAUAAAGUCUAAACACAAGUA